AUGGGUCACAGGGCGGCAGACGCUGCGGCACAGCCACCUGGCCCUCCCACCGCGGAGGAGAAAGCAGGGAACACAGAUGUCACCGGGCGGCUGCGGCAGGAGACAAAGGCUCAGGCGGGUCCUGGGAGCCGCCCCUUCCUCUCCUGCUGCGCCCUCAUUGGACAGUUCCCACCCAGCGUCUCUGAUUGGAUCCGGAGCUGCGCCCGCGCGCUCUGCGUGGCCGUGGCCGUGGGGGCGGCCCCGCCUCGGAGCCCGGGCCCGGAGCGCGUCCGGCGGAGAGCGGCGGGUGCGGAGGACCCGGCGGCCGAGGAGGGGCGGGCGCUGCGGGCGGAAGCGCCGGGACCGGACGGGAGCCCGGGACUGCUGACAUUCAGGGAUGUGGCCAUAGAGUUCUCUCCAGAGGAGUGGGCCUGCCUGGACCCUGCUCAGCGGAAUUUGUAUAGGGAUGUGAUGUUGGAGACCUACAGGAACCUGGUCUUUCUCGAACUUGCUGUCUCUAAGUUGGACCUGCUCACCUUUUUGAAACAAAUGAAAGAGGCCUGUAAUGUAAAAAGAGAUGAGACAGUAGCCAGACACCCAGGUAGGUGGGAGUGCAUGAAGCAGAUAACACAGGGAAUUAAUAUUGGAGAAAACCCAUACAGGUAUAAACUCUAUAAAUGUAAUGAAUGUGGCAAAACCUUCAAGCGUUGUUCACGCCUUACUCAACAUCAGAGAAUUCAUACCAAAGAGAAAUCCCACAAAUGUAAAGAAUGUGGCAAAGCCUUUAACCAUAGGUCACGCCUUACUGAACAUCAGAGAAUUCAUACGGGAGAGAAACCCUAUAAAUGUAAAGAAUGUGGCAAAGUCUUUACUUGUAAUUCACACCUUACUCAACAUCAGAGAAUUCAUACUGGAGAGAAACCCUACCAAUGUAAAGAAUGUGGUAAAACCUUUAACCGUAGUUCACAUCUUACUCAACAUCAGAGAAUUCAUACCGGAGAGAAACCCUACAAAUGUAAAGAAUGUGACAUAUCUUUUACUCAGUUUUCAGUCCUUAGACAACAUCAGAGAAUUCAUACUGGAGAAAAACCCUACAAAUGUGAAGAAUGUGCCAUGUCCUUUUCCCAGUUGGCAAGCCUCAGACAACAUCAGGGAAUUCAUAGUGGAGUGAAACCUCACAAAUGUAACGAAUGUGGGAAAGCCUUUAACCGUAAUUCACGCCUUAUUCAACAUCAGAGAAUUCAUACUGGAGAGAAACCCUACAAAUGUCAAGAAUGUGGUUUUUCCUUUACUCAGUUUUCAAACCUUAGACAACAUCAGAGAAUUCAUACUGGAGAAAAACCCUACAAAUGUGAGGAAUGUGGCAUAUUCUUUACCCAGUCAUCAAGCCUCAGACAACAUCAGAGAAUUCAUGCUGGAGUGAAAGCCCACCAGUGUAAAGAAUGUGGCAAAGCCUUUCACCGAAGUUCACGCCUUACUCAACAUCAGAGAAUUCAUACCGGAGAAAAACCCUACAAAUGUGAAGAAUGUGGUAUAUGCUUUACCCAGUCUUCAAGCCUUAAACACCAUCAGAGAAUUCAUACUGGAGAAAAACCCUUCAAAUGUGAAGAAUGUGGCAUGUCCUUUACCCAGUCGGCAAGCCUCAGACAACAUCAGGUAAUUCAUACUGGAGAGAAACCCUACAAAUGUGAAGAAUGUGGCAAAGCUUUUAGCCGUACUUCACCCCUUACUCAACAUCAGAGAAUUCACACUGGAGAGAAACCCUUCAAAUGUCAAGAAUGUGGCAUGUCCUUUACCCAGUCUGCAAGCCUCGGACAACAUCAGAGAACUCAUACUGGAGAGAAACCCUACAAAUGUGAAGAAUGUGGCAAAGCUUUUACCUGUAUUUCACACCUUACUCAACAUCAGAUAAUUCAUACUACAGAAACCCUAUAG